AAACAUUAUUAUUGUUAAUAUGUCUGUUAAACAGGACAACGUAAAUCCAGCAUUGACGCAGGACACCUUCGUUCAGCAGACGUCGUGUGGGUCUGCCCAGCAUGGCGGCAACUCGGACCCCAAGGAUCAUGAUGAUCCAGACCAUCAGGAACAGGAAGACGCCAAUGACACCGGCCACGUGGACGGCACCAAACAUGGUCUCCAAGCUGGCAAACAGAGCGGCAGGAACUCGAGCAACCGGCAGCCCAGAGCCCGUCAGGCAGCGCGCCAGCGUGACAAGAACUUCUCAUGUUCACUCUGCGGACGCACUUUUGCCCUGCGGCGUAGCCUCAAUGUGCACAUGCGGCAGCACACGGGUCAGUGCUCACCUUAUU